AUGCCAGAGGGUACGCUUGAAGUGAUUGUUGUUGAAGGACGAGACUUGAAAGACCAGGAUAUGGUCGGCCAAAAUGAUGCCUUUAUCGAAGUUUACAUGGACAAGAAGUACAAACAACGUACAAAAACGAUAUCCAAUACGAAUAAUCCAGCAUGGAAUGAGCGAUUUACGUUCAAUGUUCACAAGGGUGACGACACAAUUCAUUUUGAUGUAUAUGAUGCUGAUGUUGUUGGCAGAGAUUCAAUAGGUCAUUGCAAAGUGAAAUUGAAACAUGUCUUCGACGAUGGCAAAUUUGAUGAAUGGGUCAAACUACCGGCAAUGUUUGGUUUAUCGUCGAAUGGUCAAAUUCAUAUUAUUAUGAAUUUUAGACCCUCCUAA